AUGGAAUUCCCGGUGGUAGUCCCUGGCGAACCAGAAGCCAUGACCGGAAACACAUGUCUCGUGCGACAGUUCUAUAUCUUCUUUGUUGCUCCGUCGACGUUUUUGAUUGAGGCACAUACCAUAACGUGGCCUAUAUGCCAGGAAAUGAGCGAGUCCUUUGAAUCCAAGAACAACAGUGGCUGGAAGAUAGUCUAUCAGGGUCAGGGCAAAUAUGGCGACAGACCAUCUGGCGAAAAGAAGGGGGUUGCCCGAACAUUAUCAGUCCCGAGGUCCGGUAUAUCAUCUGACGCAAAGCGGCAGACACCUACAGUUACGGAGCUGCCCUCUUCAGAGUUGAAGUUGGAGCUCCCACAACUGGGUAGCGAAAUAACAGAGCGAGUGUUCCCUGUUCGAUCAGUCGUCUCUUUUGAUUCAAAUCCUUCGUCUGCUCUACAGACGCCUUCGCUGGAUAAGCUCGAGACCCCUAUAUCGCCAUUUUCGGACGCCUUUAGAAGAAGCUCGUUAGCGAACGACAAUGCUCCGAAGCAGACAAAUGGGGAUAACGAUGAAGAGCAGCGCAUGGCAAGGCCAGAUUAUCUGACUCAGAUGCAUGAGAAAAGGCAGAGGCUCGUUGGGAUAUCUCCCUCGUCGAGAGUACCAACUCUCACCAACCCCGCCUCCAUUAAUGAUCGUCUCCUAUCCUCGCCUAAUAGAGAUCGGGCCUCGAGUGGAAGCUCUCAUCAGAGUACAGGACCAUACGAAAGGCUGUACAAGUCAAUCAGCGAAGGAGCCAAGAUCUUGAAGCCCAUUCGGAGGUCCAAAGGGCUACAAUUUUUGCAUGAAGAUGAAGACGAUAUUAUUAUUCAGUCUUUCGGUGCACUACUCGUCGUCACACAGUCUGAGGAGGAUUUCCCCGUGGAAGUUGCCAGCACCAACACGGAGGAAAUCUUCAACAUCGCUCCGGACGACUUAUUUGAACUGAAAUCUAUUUGUGCUAUAUUCUCCGAUUCUCAAUCACGGAUCUUUCGUGCGCAUGCUACUUACGUUUUGAGCGACGAAUAUGAAGUUGAGGAAGUUGGCCCCGAGGUCUUCUGUCUACCGACUUUGGAUGGAAGCACUCAGCGACUCUGGUGUACAAUGCAUACGAGCAAGGCAUACAAAAACUACAUCAUCUGCGAGUUGGAACCCGAGAUUGGAGGUUCCCAGCAACUCAUGGACAGCAUUGAUUCGGAGGGCCGGCGUCAUCGAAAACCUCGACCUCUUAGCCAAUUCUCUCAAGAUGAAGCUCCUCGUCGGAAGACUCUUUCCAAUACAUACGACAAUCCUGCUCAGGAGGCAGAUAGCAUGGAUUCGGAACUUUUGAACAUUCUUCCCCGCAUUUUGAAGCGGAUUUCAAGUGCUCAAUCCCUGGAUGCUUUGAUUCAACACACUAUCUCGAUACUUCAGGAUAUGACCAAGUUCCACCGCGUCACUGUGUACCAUUUUGAUGGCGACAGAAAUGGCAUUGUUGUAGCAGAUACCCUUGAGCCAUCGGAAAACCUGGAAUCAUUUCAAGGCAUGCAUUUUCAGGAGUCCACCUUCCCCAAGGACCUCAAACGCCAGUACUUGAGAAAUAAAUUUUCCUUCUCUUAUCGAAAGGGUGAAAAUGUUUCGGAGCUGGUAUAUGGAGCUUCUACCAACAAAAUGGCCUUGGACUUGUCACAUUGCUACUUGACAGCAACGCCAGAUGAUCCUGCUAGUGACUCCACACAGACAUCGGCCUGUGCCUGCAUGUCCAUCAGCAUCAAUGUUUUUGGCAAAUUAUGGGGCUUAAUCUCUUGUCAGUCUUAUGACGAAAGAUUACGACUUCAUCCGCUGCUUCAGCGAGUAAGCUGGUUCAUUGGUGAAGCAGUGUCAAGCAAUAUCGAACGACUUUCCUAUACCCUUCCGUUUCAAUUGAAAGAUCAAGCCGCGGAAGCGGCUUCAGAAGAAAUUGCUUGUCCUUCCGGCGACCUUCUGGGCCUCUUUGGCUCAGAUUAUGCAGCAGCAUCCAUUCUGGAAAAGGUCAAGUUAUUGGGGAAACCGGCGGACUCUCAAGAAGUUCUAGCCCUGCUGGAAUACUUGCGAGCCAAGGAAAUUGAGACCGUUUUGUGGUCGACAGAUAUUUCUGCUGACUUUCAAGAUCUUGACUAUUCUCCUGGUUUCCGCCACCUCGCCAGCCUGCUCUAUAUCCCGUUGUCAGCCAAUGGGCAUGACUUUAUUAUAUUCUUUCGGACGUAUCCCAAGACAAAAGAGGACACCAGUGCACUCGAUCUCGCCUCCCGCCCGUUAGAUUGGUCUGCUGCAGAAUUUGGAAAGGCCUCGAUGUUGACACUCUUAUAUCGGACAUUCACGGAAAUCUGGCAAGAGAGAGAAGUGGCGAUGCAGAAUAACCAGUUGAUGAGACUCCUGUUGGCCAACACUGCACAUGAGUUCCGCACACCGCUUAACGCCAUCAUUAACUAUCUCGAGAUCGCGCUAGAUAGCUCCCUCAAUCAAGAGACCCAGGAGAACCUAUCCAGAUCUCAUUCCGCCUCAAAGUCACUUGUAUACAUCAUCAACGACCUCCUGGAUCUCACUAAUGCAGAGAAUGGACAGAAACUCAUCAAGGACGAAGCCUUCAAUCUCUCUGAAACCCUUUGUGAUGCGACCAACAUCUUCUCGGAGGAGGCCAAGCAAAAGAAUGUGAAUCUUCAAGUCGUGCAGCAUUUGGAGUUGCCUCCAGUUCUCGGCGACCAAAGACGUGUGCGACAGGUCAUCACCAAUCUGAUCAGCAAUGCUGUCCAGCAUACCUCUGCAGGUGCUGUCACGAUCGAGUCGUGUAUGAUACCCGAGCCCUGCGAGCCUGGUCACAUCUCCGUGGAAGUCGCUAUUCACGACACCGGCGCCGGGAUGUCCCUGGAGACGGUGGAGACACUUUUCUGCGAGCUCGAACAAGUUUCAAAUACAGAAUAUAUCCAAAGGCCAAGCUCCGGCGGGGGGAGCUGCAAUACAGCUGUCAUUGAAUCGAGCAGUGUCCUUGGGUUGGGGCUUGCCCUUGUCGCUCGCAUUGUGCGCAACAUGGAUGGGCAGCUGAGUCUCAAGUCCGAAGAAGGGACAGGAAGCUGCUUCAAGAUCCGAUUGAAGUUUCCAUUGCCGUCUGGGGAAACUGUAAAUGCUAAGGUGGCAAGUGUUGGCAGCUGUGGACACCAAACAUGUCAUCAAAAUAGCGACGCAACUCCAGCACCGAAGGACAACACGCCCGGAGGAAACAAUGGCAUCCACUGUCACUGUGGCGAUGACAGUUUCCCCGGACCCGGACCCGGACAAAAAGAUAGCAAUUGCUUGGAUGUUGAGAUUGCUCUGGCCAACGGCGGGUCCCGAAGUAUCACCUUGGCUGCCCCGCACUUGACAUCAGACAAACGGACCAAAGCCGUAGAAGGUCUUUUCACCGCUCCUGAACAAGAAAUAGAGGAAAAGACUCGUGUCUUUCUCAAAGAACCCAAGACGCCAGCCAAGGAGUCUGACACCACAACGGCCGAGAUGGACGCAAAGUCAAAACUGCACGUCUUAGUGGCAGAGGAUGACCCCGUCAAUAGUACCAUCUUGAAGAAAAGAUUAGAGAAAUUCGGUUACCAGAUUCGCUUGACAGGUAAUGGCAAGGAAUGCGCUGCUGUGUACCGCGAGAACCCAGGCUCCUUUGAUGCGAUCCUGAUGGACCUGCAGAUGCCCAUAGUCGAUGGAAAAUCAGCUGCCAAGAUGAUUCGAGAGUAUGAGGUCCAGACCGACUUACGCCAUGACUAUGUACCGAUUUUCGCGGUCUCUGCAUCGCUCUUGGAAAAGGACCGCCAAACUUACGUAGAAUCUGGUUUUGAUGGGUGGAUCAUGAAGCCGAUUGACUUUCAAAGAAUUCAUGAGCUUUUGAGUGGAGUGAAGUCUACGGAAAGACGAAGUGAGUGUUUCUAUCGGUCAGGUAUGUGGGAACAGGGCGGCUGGUUUGCGGGCAGUUGA